CUUCAAUCGUGACCGCUCAGUUGAAUCAACGUCGUCGGGAUUGCACCUUGCUGCGCAGAUAUCUGCAGCACGAACUCUUUCUCGCUUACGAUCGUUUACCUAUGGUUCAGAUCAUUCCUGGCGGCCCGCCUUCAGUAUCCACCUCCCUCCGCCUCAACGCCACCGUCACAACACGCGGUCGGUUGGCAAAAAAUUUUUUGUAAGAGGGGCAGUGCUCUCGGAAAAUAACUGCACCGUUGCAUAAAAAGGGCUGUCCUUGCUUCCUCUGAAUCCCGUCGCUUCCUCUUAUCGACCUCUCCUCCACAUCCAAUAAUGCGGCUUCUUGUUCACGUUCUCGCAUUGGUCUCCGCUGUCUUUGCUGCGGAUGCAUGGUACCCGGGAGGAGGCGGAGGCGGAGGCUCCCAGCCGUCGUCUACACCGUGGACGGGUUAUCUGUGCCCCGAUACUGAUAAUUAUGGGCAUGGGAAAGCUCCCUGGGGGUGUGACUCCCCGCCGUAUCCUAACUCGAUGUUUGGCUGCACGUACCGCACGGGCUCUGGAGUAGGGACGUACCCAUGCGAGUACUAUGUCCACGACGGCCAAGGACCUUCAGGCCAGGACUCGCGUUGUCCUUCCAGUGCAGCGUACCAUAAUGGAAGGAAGAAGAGGUCGCCGCCGUCAGUGGCUGCUCCCGUUCCAGCGGAUUCGUACGUUAACCGUAACAUUAUUCGCGGAUCACGAGAAGCUGCAAAGUUUGUGUAAUAAACUCGCAGUAUUUUCCGCUGUUAAGGUGGAUCCGUAUCGAGUCU